AUGUGUGCAGAAGACUUACUCCACUUGACGACUACCACGGAUUGGUCGGAGGAGGAAAAAUUCCUGCAAGAAUUGGAAAGCAGUGUCUUUUUGUACCAGGACCGUCCGCUCCCGCUGACUCCCGCCACAACGUCGCUCAACUAUGGCACCACCUUGUGGGAAGGAUUGAAAGCGUACCGCGUCAACAACCUCAAGGCCGUCGUGUUCCGUCCCGAACAGAACUAUGCGCGUAUGCGGGCGGGGGCACACGAAAUGUGUCUACCCAUGCCGAGUAAGCGUUUGUUUCUCCGAGCGGUGCAGCUCGCUGUCCAGGAAAACGCGCACUUGCUGCCUCCCGUUGGUGACGGCAUGAAGCUUUACGUCCGCCUCAUGCUCCUGGGAUCCGGACAACAGCUUGGACUCUACCCAGAGUAG